CAUAAUGUCAUAAUUUAUUUUUUAGCAUCUAAGUUAUUUUUCCGACAGCACAUGAAGGCAGCAUUACUUGGAGUGGGUGUGGCUAAGGCGGUGUCACACGGUUUUGUUGCUAGGUUGCUGCUAGCCGCUGGUUCAUGCGGCUAACAUUGCUGCAGUCAGUUACCUAUCUCUAAAUCGCGUAGCUGUUCAGCGGCGGUUUUAGCACGACACAGAUUUGCACGCACAUGUUUUAGAAUUCCAACAAUCUAGCGCAAACAAAGCGUCGACGACGGAAAACUCCACUAUCUGCAUCUGGGCGCAAAUGCGUUGCUUGCUAAUUUAGCAUCCCUACAGCCAGACAGUGUCAACAGGUUGCAGCUGCAGAGUGAGUGUGUGUGUGUUACUGCAGUUAUUUAGAUUUUUGCCUGGACGGUUACUGUGUCGUAACUUUAAAGAUUGACUGUUUUAGAACUCCAUUGUUGUUGUUUCUGCACCGCAGCACGAUGACGAGUACUCUUCUUAUAUGUGGCAAAUUUCGUAUUUCUUCAUAAAGUCGAGGAUCCAGGAACUGGAGGGAGAAGUCUAAUCCACGGAUUAAAAGCUAUCGGGAUGUCACCACGCAGAGUUGCAGUAUCGGGCAGGCAAGAGGAUACUAAAUAACAUAACAUAACAUAAAUGAUGGUUUUGUGUGAGCAUUCUAAGAAGAUGGUGUUUUAGUCGGUCUACAUAGUUGACGGUGCAACGUUUGUGGUCAAGGAAAAUGCUGGCAACUGAAAAAUAACCAUGAACCAAAAGGACACAAAAUGGUGAAUGUUUUCUCAUUUACCUUCCCAUUCUCAUGAGGCCAACAGGAAAAUAUGGGCAUCCUGAGACUGUUAGCCAGAAUCAUGGGUAGGAUCAGCACAUUUAGAUCCUAUCAGUUUGUGCUUCUCCUGGCUGCUGCACUAGCUGUUGUAGCUUUUUACUACUUUGGCUCAGAGAAGCAGAACUUCUCCAGCACUACAAAGAGGAUCAAGCAGACCCAGGCCAGCCAUAACAUCAACAGGAAUGAUGCAGACCUCACUGUGGACACUAGGCUCUCACAGACAGCUGGAUCAGAGGAGCAAGGACAGGAGGAUCAAGAUGUUGGAGGCGAGAAUGAGGUUUUUGGGACACAAAAUGGGGACAGCAAAGCUUCUGACCAACAUUACCAUGCACUCAUGAUGUUCACCAAGGUGGACAAGAGCCGGAGCCUGCAGGACAAGUUCCGGGUGGCCAUGUUGUCUAUGGUGAAACAUGGACACUUUCUGGAAGGAGAGGUGUUGGUGCUUCAUUUCGUGAGUGACCAGCCCAGUCAAGAAAUGGGAGAGAGGAUGCUGCAACAAUUUCUUGUUGAUGCCACAUUUGAGUAUGAGGUGUUGUUUCAUGAAGUGGUUGCUCUCACACAGAAGCUCUUCCCUGUAGUGGAGGCCAUGCAGAAGUACUUCAGUGCUGGCUCUGGAGCUUACUACAGCGAUGCCAUCUUCUUCCUGUCUGUAGCCAUGCAUCACAUCAUGCCUGACAAUUUGACACGAAUUGUGCAGCUUGACCUGGAUCUGAAAUACCGGACCAACAUCAGAGACCUCUUCCAAGAAUUUGACCAGUUUCCUCCAGGUGCAGUUAUAGGCAUCGCCAGAGAGAUGCAGCCAGUUUACAGACACACCUUUUGGCAGUAUCGGAAGGAGAACCCUCAGAGUAAAGUUGGCGAGCCUCCUCCCGACGGCCUCCCGGGCUUCAACAGUGGUGUGAUGUUGUUGGACCUAAGAGCAAUGAGGACCUCGGUUCUCUACAACGAACUGCUGAAGCCCAGUAACGUGGCCAAACUGGCUGACCAGUAUCGUUUCCGGGGCCACCUUGGUGACCAGGACUUCUUCACCAUGAUUGGCAUGGAGCAUCCUGAACUGUUUCAUUCCCUGCUCUGUGGCUGGAACAGACAGCUGUGCACGUGGUGGAGGGACCACGGAUACGGAAACGUGUUUCAGCUGUAUUAUCGCUGUGAUGGACCCGUGUAUAUCUAUCAUGGUAACUGUAACUCCCCCAUACCGGACGACUAAAUGCAGAAGGGCUGUGCUAAUAGCGCUUUUCCACUACCCAACAGCACUUUUUUUUUUUUUGCUUUUCCAUUAGUGAUAGUACAUGGUACUUAUUUUUAAUAUCUGCUCUGACAAGGUUCAAAACAAGCUGAGCCGAUACUAAAUGUGACGUCGACAGACUGCCGGCUACUGAUUGGCAGCGUGUCGGCACUGGAAGAGUCAUGAGCGUGAUGUCCAAAACAAGAAUGAAACCGAACAGUGCAGAACUGCAGAUCAGUUAAAACUGCAACAUUUAGCCGUGCGAUGAUGACUCCACGUUGAGGAGGUACUAUAAUGGAAAACCACACUAAACCAUGUGGAGUUGAGCCAUGCCGAGCCGAGGCAAGCCGUGCUGGAACUGGGUAGUGGAAAAAAGCCGUAAUACUGCAUCUGAGGAGCCUAUGACACCUUUUAAAGAAAUAAUCUGGGGCACUUUAUUUUCCACCUCUGUGGCUUGUGGAUAGGGAUGUUUCACCCCAGUUGGCCAUAACAUUCUGCCACAGCUCCUCUCUAAUGCAUCUUUCUGCGGGGGUCAGAGAAUGAACAAUAAUUCUGCAGGCGGCUGUGGUUAGUGCUCUGCAAUUACAGUUCAGCGAAGGCCAAAACACGAACCCACUUAAGUCAAACACCUUUCAUAAGGAGUGAGUUUUUUUACUGUGCUGGCUCACUAUAAAAACGCAGACUCAAAACCACUUCAUACUUAGUAUUCAGUCUGAAAAAUGGCUUCAGUGAUGAACAGUUCAACACGCGUGAUGAGAGUGAGGUGAGAAAUUCAAUACAUUUCCCAUGUUACACCCUUUUUACACAAUGCUGUCUGUGUCUGAGCAGUAAAUGAUUUAUCUGCGUCAGUAAGUUGAAUGUGCAAUGAUAUUGACGGGCUUAUGAAUGAAUGAAUGUCUCAUCUUUCACUUAGAAUCCCCUCAACAGAUUAGAAAUCUUUUAUAUAUGAGAUAUCUGUAAAUAUCUCAUAUAGAAUAGUAAUAGUGAUUUUAUAUAUAUAUGUAUAUAUAUUUUUAACUUUUGUGUGUUCAGCUUUUAUGGCAACGUUUUAUGUUUUAUUGAAAAUAAUAAACUACCCAAAAGUCA